AUGAAUCUCGAUAAUUCUCGAGAGAACUCUGAAGCUUUGGAUUCAAUAGGUACUGUCAGCCCGAGAGAGAAGUAUCACAGCAUGAGAGAGAAGAAGUUGUCGACAGCGUCUACUACUACUGCUGAAGGAGCUCGUCCUAAAGUCGUCACUGUAAAACAUCCAGAAUCCAAUAAACCGAAGCCGACUGCAAAGAAAAACAAACCGAUACAAGCCGAUUUAGACGUCAUCAAAGAAUUUAUAAGAUGCCGGGAAGAUGGAGUCAAGAGGUUGGACCUCAGCAAAUCGUCCAUUACCUCACUUCCACCAAAUGUUAGGGAUUUAACACACUUAGUGGAAUUUUAUCUUUAUGGUAACAAAUUGGUAGCAUUGCCUCCAGAAUUCGGUUGCCUGACCAAUCUUCAGACUCUGGCACUAAAUGAGAACUCUCUGACAAGUUUACCAGACUCCUUGGCCAACCUGAGGUGCUUGAAAGUUCUAGACCUAAGACACAACAAGCUCAGUGACAUACCAGAAGUAGUAUACAAAUUGACAUCCCUCACUACAUUAUUCUUGAGGUUCAAUAGGAUUAGGGUAGUGGGAGAUGGUAUAGCCAAUCUUACUAAUUUAACCAUGUUGAGUCUGAGAGAGAAUAAAAUCAAGGAAUUGUCAUGAAUUGGGAAGUUGGUAAACUUGGUGACAUUUGAUGUUUCACACAAUCAUUUAGAGCAUCUGCCACAGGAAAUAGGCAACUGUGUUAAUUUGUCCACAUUAGAUCUACAACAUAAUGACUUGCUGGAUAUACCAGAGACAAUUGGCAAUCUCCAAGCUUUGACUAGGUUGGGACUAAGGUACAACAGACUCACUGCAAUACCUUCAAGUCUAAGCAACUGUAAGCACAUGGAUGAAUUCAAUGUUGAAGGAAACUCCAUAUCUCAGCUUCCUGAUGGUCUUCUCGCCAGCCUCAAUGAGCUAACAAGUAUUACACUGUCACGCAAUUCCUUCAUGAGCUACCCAUCAGGGGGUCCUGCUCAAUUCACCAAUGUUUUCUCAAUUAAUCUUGAACAUAACCAGAUUGAUAAAAUACCUUAUGGCAUAUUCUCAAGGGCCAAAAAUCUCACAAAAUUGAACAUGAAGGAGAACUUACUUACAUCACUCCCACUGGAUAUUGGGACUUGGAUAAAUAUGGUGGAGUUAAAUUUGGGAACUAACCAAUUGACAAAGUUGCCUGAUGACAUACAAUGCUUGCAAAAUCUUGAAGUUCUCAUACUAUCUAAUAAUCUCUUGAAGAGGGUUCCACCGAAUAUUGGCAGUUUAAGGAAAUUGAGGGUAUUAGACUUGGAAGAGAAUAAGCUUGAAAUUUUACCCAAUGAAAUAGGCUUCCUACAUGAUCUGCAGAAAUUAAUAGUGCAAUCAAAUCAACUGGCUACUCUACCAAGGUCAAUUGGACAUUUGACUAAUCUCACAUUCCUGAGUGUGGGCGAGAAUAAUUUGCAAUACCUCCCAGAAGAAAUAGGUACACUGGAGAAUUUGGAGUCUCUAUAUUUAAAUGAUAAUCCCAACUUAUGCAACCUGCCUUUUGAGCUGGCUCUGUGUGUUAGUUUGCAGAUAAUGAGCAUUGAAAAUUGUCCUCUGACUGCUAUUCCACCAGAAGUGGUUUCUUCGGGCCCUUCAUUAGUAAUCCAAUAUUUAAAAUCUCAAGGCCCAUACAGAGCUAUGUGAUAUCAGGAAGAAGACUAUCAAGCAGGCAGUGAUGGCACUUAAACAUAAAUGCUUUUUAGAGCAAAGCCUUGUUAUGAAGCGUGUACUCAGAAGAAUUCUGUUUUGAAAUAAUCAUUAUUAUAUCCAUUUAAUUGCUGUAACUCAUGUAUGAUGUAUUUUCCUGUGAAUUGUAAUUAGGUAUCUAUAAAUAUUUUAUAUGACGUAUCAAAUUGUUUCACAAUCAGCAAGUUUAUUUGUGGCCUGUUUACUAGAUAGGUAUUUAAAUCUUACAAUUCUCUUGGAUGUUUUUUAUUAAU